AUGUCAGGGUUCCCAUCAAGGCCGCUGGCCUCUCACAUGCGGCAGCCGUCGCUUUCCGCAAACUCCGGGGGCCAGUCACCCGCUUUAGUUGCUCGAGUUAACGAAAAGAAAGCUGAGUUAGAGAACCUGAAAGAGUUACGCGAUCUCAGCGCGGCGGCUGCAACGCAGAUGGAAGCUUUAGAGCAGAAGCUCGCUACUCUUUCAGAUGGAACGGAGGCUAUCGCCUUGGUGUUGAGCAAUUGGCAUAACGUGCUGAGAGCUAUCAAUAUGGCAUCAGCCAAACUCCCAAAACCAACUGUACCAGUCGAAGACCCUGACCGGGCGCCUCUUCCGCAAACAUUGGUUCGCAUCCCAACGGAACACGCUCCUGCUCUUCAAGCGCACGCGGAAGGCGCAGCCGAGGAGGAGUCCGGGUGA